AUGAGGACUGCCAGGCUACCCAGCUCGGCAUCGGCCGCCGGUCGUGUUUAUCGGGCGACUGCCCCGCAACUUUCCAGUAUUGCGGCUGCCCGGCCGAUUGCACAUUUGCAACGAAGAAGUCGAGCCUUCCCUACGCAUAAAACCGCAUUGGCUAUUCUCAUUCCUCUGAAUCGCACAUAUUCGACCGGGCCAUCCACGUCCACCUCUUCUGGUGGUGGUGCGUCUUUCCCGCCUCCGGGCUUCGACGCCGAGAAAGCGAAGAAAUCACCCCAGUCGGUGGAAACGCGGAAACCAUCGGAUAAAGUCGAUAGCAGUGCUUCUACGUUGAAUAAGGAUGGAGGGAAAGCGUCUGAAAGUGUUGCUUCUUCGAGUGGCCAGAAAACGUCUGCCGAGCAGCCCGAGAAGCGGGCUCUAGAGAAGGCAGAGCCGAAAAAGAUGACCAUCGGCCAGAAGAUUAAGCACGAGAUUCAGCACUAUUGGGAUGGCACAAAGCUGCUUGCCACAGAAGUCCGGAUUAGUGUGAAACUGGCGAUGAAGAUGGCAGCUGGAUACGAGUUGAGUCGCCGAGAGCACAGACAGUUACAAAGAACUACUCAAGAUCUCGCUCGCCUGGUGCCCUUUUCCGUUUUUGUCAUUGUUCCUUUUGCCGAACUACUGCUCCCCAUCGCUCUACGACUCUUCCCCAAUAUGCUUCCCAGCACAUACGAGGGACAGAAAUCCCGCGAUGCCAAAGCUAAGACUCUUCGAGGAACGCGCAAGGAAGUUUCGGCAUUUCUGAAGGAUACUCUGAAGGAAACCGGUCUUCCUCUAAGCGCGGCCACUGCUAAAAAGGAAGAGUUUACCGAAUUCUUCAGAAAGGUUCGCUCGACUGGCGAAUCGCCUUCAGAUGCGGAUGUUAUCAAGGUCUGCAAGAUUUUCAAGGAUGAUUUGACGUUGGACAACCUGUCGCGUCCGCAGUUGGUUGGCAUAUGCAAAUACAUGAACCUAAACACAUUUGGCACGGAUGCCAUGCUUCGGUAUAAUGUGCGCCAUCGCAUGCGCCAGAUCAAGAGAGACGAUAGAGCCAUCUACUACGAAGGUGUAGAUUCGCUUUCAGUUCCAGAACUGCAGAUGGCCUGUGCUUCUCGAGGUCUCCGUACUCACGGUGUGUCCCCAGCCCGCCUCCGCGACGAUCUGUCCAUGUGGCUGGACUUGCGUCUUACACAGGGAGUUCCCUCGACACUGCUUGUCCUGAGCAACGCGUAUCAAUACACUCAACAGCAGAAUGACCCAGAGCUGUCCUCCCAGAUCGAUGCUCUGCGCUCGGUCUUGUCCAGUAUUCCGGAAGAGUUGUUCCACGAAAUCGAGUUGGAAGUUCACAACGCCGAAGGCGCAGCUACCAACAAGCAGCGUCUUGAGGUUGUCAAGGAACAGCAAGAGCUGAUCGAGGAAGAGAACGAGCAAAACACCGAGAACGAAGGCGCCGGCGUUUCGGCACCAAAAGACAACCAAAACAUUGACGAGACAGAAGAUGGCCAGAGAGUCGAAGCAUCAGACUCCGCGAAAAAGGAGGAAAAGCAGGUUUCCGAGGCCGAUGAAGCGGCAACAGACGAAGCAGCGGCCGAACAAGAAGCUAAGAAGCAAGAGGCUUCUGCUGAGAAGAAGGCCGAAAAGAAAGAAUAG